UGUUUUUUCCGAUAAAACCCAAUGUUGAUGAGCGGGAAAGUUUGAUUUUUUUAGGGUCGAAACUCAAAACUGAAGUCAUCUACCGUUGUACUUGCUCCCCUUUUGUUGUUCUGUUCUCCUUCUCACAGCCACUAUUUUGACAGCCUUGAUUUUCAGUUUAUGUUUCUGAAUUAUAUGUGAACUGGGUUUUGUAUGUAAUCAGACAGAGUCCAAGAAUGAAUAGUAAUGGAGAUUGUUUGAGUUUUGGAGACAACCCAAUUGGAGAUGCUAUUUCAAGAAUUCGAUUUGCACCCACCUCUGAUAAUCUGCUCAUCUCUUCUUGGGAUUCUAAUCUUAGGUUGUAUGAUACAGAGAGCUGUAAGCUGAGGGCACAAGCUCGAACCGAAGCUCCGAUUCUUGAUUGUUGUUUCCAAGAUGAGUCUUUUGCUUUAGCUGCUUCUGCUGAUUGCUCUAUUAAAAGGUACGAUUUACAUUCAGAAUUUGAAUUUACAGUUGGAUACCAUGACGACUUAGCAACUCAUGUUGAUUUCUCUUCUGAAACAUGUCAAGUGAUCACUGCUGGCUUGGAUAGAAAGAUAAAACUUUGGGAUAUACGCUCUGCAGAGGCUCUUAAGAGCUUGAACAGUAUUCCUAUAGAAGUGGACUCCUUAUCUUUAUCUGGUGUUACUCUACUGGUUGCUGCUGGGCCAUCAGUCUAUAUUUAUGAUUUGCGCAAAUUUGAUAAAUCAACUGGCACACAAAAGACAUGUAUGGACAGCCGGAUAACCUGUGUCCGCCCAAGUAUUGACUUUGAAGAAUUUGUUGUUGGAUCAAUCGACGGACGUGUAGCGGUGAAGUCCCCUUCAACUUUUGAUGGAUAUACAUUCCGAUGUCAUCCAAAACAGAAGAAUGGGAGAACCUAUACUGUUAGAGUGAAUGAUAUUGCAUUUCUUCCAUCCAUAAGUGGUGCUUUUGUCACUGGAGAUAACAAGGGUUAUGUGAUCUUGUGGAAUGCUCGCAGCAAGAAAAGAUUAUUAGAGUUUCAAAGAUACCCCAAUGGUAUUGCCUCAUUAUCAAUAAAUUGUGGUGGGCAACUUUUAGCUGUCGCUUCAAGCUACACAUAUCAAGAAGCAAAUGAAAUAGAGAAUUCUCCUCAAAUAUUCAUACAGAAACUCGAUGAUUGCAACAUUCAGUCAUACACUGCUGGAAGCUCCAAAUAGAUUUCCUACUAACACAUCAUAAUGUUUCAAAGAAAGUGUCUUCUGAGCAGGACAGAGUCGGACCACAGUCCCAGAAACAAAUGGUUAGAACAUAUCGAUUAUAUAGCUCCUUCAGUAGAGUCAAUUGCUUCUCAAACUUACUAUAUCUAUGUCAAGAUUCCGAGUCACUCUAGCUUCUUACUACUCAGGUUCGUUUUAUCUCAGAAAUCGCACAAAAAAAAAAAAAACACUAGAUCAUGUCCUAUUUCAAGAUUCCGAUUCUUUUAACAUAUUUAUGGCCGGUUCCUCCUCCAAGAGGCAAAGGCUUCUCUGUUGUAAAGAUGCCCCAAUAGUGGCUGGUAGAAUAUUGAAAAGUAGAUUCUUCAGCAAGUGUGCAUUCUUGUGAAAUGCAUUUCUUUCAUUGUCACUUGCAGUGGCCCUUGACCUCAAAUUUGUUUGUAGCAAUCCUCAUGUAGGAUUCAGUGUAUCAGAAACUGUAUUGUAAUGUGCAACAAUACAAUGAUAUUAUCAAGUUAUCGUUUUGAGAUUGA